AUGGACACCACUGCCCGGUUGUCUUGGCCGAAAACUACUCUGUGUCAAUGGAAUGAGGAUACCGCCCCGGUCGGUCAAGGUUUGAAUCUUAAAGAAUCCAUUAUUCGACCAUUUUCCGGACCGCCCAUUCCGCCAUACACGUUAUUUCCUUUCCCCCAUAUGAGAAGUCACCUGUCCAGUAUAACUCCACCCACAGAGACAAACAACACUCUUCCCACUCAUCCCGCUGGUCGUGACCGGAAUUACAUCCCUACGGAUGUCAGCUUUAAUUCCAUUUCUGCUAUCAAGCCGCAUACUCAGUUGGCGGCAGACGAGAUGGAUGGUCGGGCACUCGGAGGUUCCCUGUUACCUACAUCUGAUCCUUAUUCGAAAUCACACAGCCCUAAUUCAGGAUCUCAUCCGUUUGGAGACGUGGAUUUGUCCAAA